UGUAUCACAUGUCUUCAUGUGCUUGUCGGAUCUGAAUCCGCUGUAGUGUAGGUCGGGGCAUUUGUAUGUAUCGUGCAUUGUGAAUAAAGACGAAAAAGAAGCAGAAAUACCUCAUUAAUACAUGGCUGCCUCCAGAUUGCCUCCCGCAGCGUUAACCCUUAAACAGUUUUUACAGCGUCAGAAGGUCCUUUGUUUGUACAGGACAUUGUUGCGAACUAUCCGCCUGGUACCCAAUGAGGCUGAUCGGCAAUACCUGACUAGCUGGGCUAGAGACGAGUUCAAGAGGAACAGAGGGGCCAAAGAAGAGGAUGCGAUUCGGAUGAUGGUUUCACAAGGCAACUUACAUCUUCAGGAGCUUCAGAGAACACUUCAGCUAGCGAAGAGUUAGCGGACAAGAGUUACUGAACAUUUUCUAGGAACAAGAUCAUGCCAACUGCUCUGUGAAAAGAACAAUUAUAUAUUUACAUAUAUAUAUAUAUCUCUCAACGUGUUUAUACGGCUACUCUGAAAAUGUGUUGAACAUUUUAAAAGGGGUUGUGAUGGGGUGUUGACUAAAAUAUACUUGUAUUGAAUAAAACGGCUUACUAAAGUACACAAAGAGAAUUUUUAUUUAAACAGUUUGGCUGAUGAACAUUCAGUAUUCGAGAGAUAUGUGUUGUAAAGUAAAUCUCUUUGUUUUUACUCACACAGCUCUAUUAACAAAGCUUAUAUCUGCAUUUUACAGUUUUUAUACCGCACUAAAAAACAGAAUAGAAAAUUGCAUAUACAAUUUAACUACAAAAAACAAAACAAAAAAAAAACAGGAUUUGUCAGUGCAUUCAUCCCGUGGUAGACUGAACACUGUCAUGAAGUUUAACACUUCAGUCCAUAGUAGAGAGCUGUCUUGUCAGCCUCUAUGUAUGUAAGGCUAAGGGUUAUGUUUACUGUUGUGUUAUGAAGAAGUUGGCUGGCAUGUCCGGUGCUUUAAUGGCUUCUAGUGAGGAAUUAACGUGACAGAACAUAGUUUUUCCAGUUUUGUUUUGCCUCAACCAGCAACCGCACUCAAAUCCCUGUCUUACAAUGACACAGAAACAUAUAUGGGACAGUUCAUAUUAGCAUAAUAGCUGGUAAACAAUGGGUUCCUGCCAGGGUUGGGCUCAAUUCCUGUUUCAGAAUUCCAAUUAGUUUUUAAAAUCUAUUCCCAAUAUCAAUUCCUUCAAAGGCUUUGGAAUCGAAAUUGAUAUUUUAGAGACAUAAUAAUUGUUCUAAUUGUUCAACUGCUGUUAUUUGAAUCUAGUUUAAUUGACUAAAUGACUUCAGUUUAAAUACUUUGGUGCCACUGUGAGAAGCUCAUUUAACAGAAUGCUGCGGAUUGCAAGUUUGAAUCAGUGAUGUGUUGGAAUUGAUUAGAAGGGAAUGAGAAUUGGAACUGAGCCCAGUCCUGGCUGCUACAUGCACA